AAUAGGCCUGCAUUUAAAACUACCUACCUGUCUAUAUUUUAGGACACCAAAUUUAUUGUUUCAAAUCUUAGUCCAAGUAGAAGGUUGUGAAGACAUACUUUAACCGCAUGUCUUCGCCCCUUCCCCCCUUGGGUAACUGUGCAGUGACUACGUGAGCGCGCUGCCCUCGAGCGGUAGCUCAGCAGCGCCGAACCUGAGCGCCGGGUACGGGUUGCAGGAUACUCCGCGUUUUGGCCUAUCUUGGACACAAGAUGACGCUCUCGGCUCGCUCUCCAACCUUUCUCUGCACUCGCCUCGACUUGGUCUCCUCCGCCAAGUUAUCAGACACGUUUCUUUCAUCCAUCAAUAAGCUCCUCGGGGGAUCAAGACAAUUUAUGACUGGCCAAUACGGGCACGUGAUUCUAUUAAAACAUGCCAUAUUUGGGCAGUGCACGUCGAACCAAGAAAAAAAAGAAAAUGAUCCCCCCCCUAUAAAUCCUGGUCUUUUUUAGGACAAAGGCCCCUUGAACUUCCAAAGAGCUACAAAUCAAGCAUAAUAAAUAAUAAUAACAGUUACUUGCUGAUCGGUUACCGUGAUUCUUUAAAUUAUACUUUUAUAAAGACUCAUGGUUAUCCCAAAUUAAAUGCUUCUGUUUUUUAUACAUUUUUUAUUCUUACAUAAAAUGAGCUCUUACGUAGCCAACUCGUUUUAUAAGCAAGCCCACGAGGCAUCUGCCUACACCAUGCACGGUUUUGGCAGCUAUGGGUCUCUCUCUGAGCUCCAUGCAUCCAGUUACUGUUACGGCGGGCUUGAUCUCAGCGGAUCCUUCACUCCAGCAGCUUCCUCGAACUCCCACAAACGGGAGGAGAUGAACGUGAAUCUGCGUGGCAGCCCAGACGCCCUGCCGCCACGGCCGCAGUCUUGUUCGGCUUUAAGCUCCCCUAGGCGUGCCGUGAGCGCGAACGGGCAGCGCGCUCCCAGGCUCGGGCUGUUCAGUCAAAAAACCGAGGGAGACACGGAGUUAAGCGACAAGCCCGGCGGCAAGACAAGAGCAGACGAGAUUAAAGUUGAAACCAUGCAAACCGUCCAGCCAAUAACACAAGCAAAUAACUCGAGCCAGCCUCAGAACAGCCACCAGCAGCCGCAGAUAUACCCGUGGAUGACAAAGCUGCAUAUGAGUCACGAAUCUGACGGUAAACGGUCACGGACCAGUUACACCCGCUACCAGACUCUGGAGCUGGAGAAAGAAUUCCAUUUCAACCGGUACCUCACCCGCCGUAGGCGUAUCGAGAUCGCCAAUAGCCUCUGUCUGAAUGAGAGGCAAAUUAAAAUCUGGUUCCAGAAUCGGCGCAUGAAGUGGAAGAAGGAUUCAAAGCUGAAAGUAAAGGAAUCAAUGUAAAAAAAAAACAGUGGGGAUUGCUUUCUGGCUUUCUAAUGCCUGUAGGAAGAGCGAACGGAAUAAACGAAAGUGGUGAUGAAACAGGAGGCCAAGUCUUCCAGCACUCAACACGUUCCUAAAGCAGUAACUUAUUCGAAAUUUUCACGUUUUGGAUAUGUAUGUGUAAAAUAUCUUUAUGUGUAGCUUAUGUGUGCUUCCGUUAUUGUUGUCAUGAUUAUUUAACUAUUCCAGUUGUCAUUUUGUGACGUUACAUGUGUUGAUGCACACAGUAGCGGUGAGUAU